AUGUCCGCUACACCUAAGAAGCCGCUAUCCGCGGCGCAGGGCCGGUCUUCCUCGACCGAGAACACACCUCCGUCGAGGCAGACCCGAGCGUCUACACCGACUUCUUCUACAAAUGGUGCAGGAACCACCAACAGCCCCCAGAGAACACGGUCAAACCGAGGCGGUACUCCAAUGUCAGCGCGAGCCGCUGCUACGCAUAGGACAACCUCGUCGCUGAGUAUCUCUAGCACAGUUGGGGAUGCUGAGGCUCGCGCCGAGACGGUUGCUCUAAUCGAAGACCUAAAGGAACGGUUACAGAAGGCAGAUAUUGCUUCCGAGCAGCAUAAGAAACAAGCAGAGGUUUUACAGACAAGACUCGACGAUGCUCUUAAAGAGCAAGCCAAAUUAGAAGAAAAGGUGCACGAGAGCGAAGAGCAAAUCGAGGCGCUUAGAAAUGAGAAACGGGAAGCUGCGAGACAGAUGCGCGAGAUGGAGGCAAUCUAUGAGGCCGAACGGAGCUCCAUGAUGAAAGAGAAGGAAGAGAUGGCGAACCGCGAAGAAGAGAUGCAAGCUGUGAUCAAUAGGUUAAAGGAAACUCUCAACCAAAAGAACGCAGAGGACGAAAAUCGCCCAACAAGGCAAUGUGAGCAUCCAAAUUGCAUGACUUUUACAUGCGCAAUUGCUAAUUCGAGCAACAUUACAGCGAGUAAUUCAUCUCCUAAUGUAGAAAAUGGGAAUUUCGCUCCGCCUUCUUCGAUUCAGCGUAGUGAUUCCAGGAAUAAUUCUAAGCUAUUACUUCAGAAGGAUAAAUUGAUCGAGUCUCUACGUCUUGAACUCGCAGAGGCUCAGAUUAAGCUUGUUGAGUCCGAGAAUCAAGGUGGCGGGCGCGUGCACGAAGUUGAACGCCUGCUUAUGGAGGCCCGCAUGGCUAACGCACGGCUGAUGGAAGAUAACGAGUCGUAUCAGCUACUCCUCCAGGAGAAGACACUCCACGGGGAGUUUGGCAAGGGUGAUUUUGGCUACAUGAACGUUUCCGCCAACCAAGACGCACUCAAUGCUCUUGAAGGUCGAUCCAACGCUGGCGACAAUCCACCAACUCCGGGGGCUAGUUUAGCUGAUGAACUGGGUGCUCUCGGCGGGGAUGAGAAGGCUGUUGAUGAGGAGACUUUGCGCCGUCUUGAGACUGAACUCCGUGCUGCUAAGGACCAGAAUAAAGCCCUUACGUUGUAUAUUAACAAGAUCAUCGAGCGGCUCCUCCAACACCAAGAGUUUGAACACAUUCUUGACCAAUCCUCCGACUUCAAGCCAGGUGCCAAUCUACACAAGGACCUCCCACCACCCCCAACAGAUUCUCAGGGAGCUUCAUUCCUAUCACGCGCGAAGUCUAUCGCCGCUGGUCCCACGCCUCGGCCAAAGCCUCGACCCAUGACUAUGUCCGCAGCGCACCAAAUCCACGCUGUAUCUGCACACACUAACCCGAGACGGCUCCUAGCAUUCCCCUCACCGGACUCGGGCGCUCGCAGAGCACAGCACGACGCCUCGGAAGGCCCAUGA